GAGGUUUUUCUGUGUGAACUCCUUACCAAACAAUUUGGUGAACGUGGUUUGUACUCUGCAGGGGUUAGCCACAGGAGGGUAGCUAAAGAAGUGCGUAUCCUGCGCAUGCUGGGUACUCAUAAAAAUGUUCUGUAGCUGCUAGAUUGGGACAUCACAAAGGAACCUUACAUGCUGAUCCUGGAGUCAGUGAACAGUGGGACCCUGCGUAGUUUCCUACAAGGAAAUCAAGACCAACUGAGCAAGGACAGUGAACUGCCACAUCUCUUAAUCACAACAGCAUAUCACAUGCAAUGAGACACCUGUGCUCCAAAAUGGUGGUGCAGGGUGACCUAGCCGUCAGGAACAUUAUGGUGAACCAUUUCCCCAGAGAGGUGAAGGUGGCAGAAUGUGUACUGGCCAAAGACCUGACUCACACAAGGACCCGUUGCAGGAUCCACAGAGGGAGCUAUAAUCAAAAUAUGCCUCUUCGUUGGUACCCACCGGAGUACUUGAGAAACCACUACUACAGCUUCAAAGGGGAUGUCUGGGCAUUUGGCAUUAUGCUCUGGGAAAUGCAAACAUUUGGGACCUUACCAUAUCCUAACCUGGAGACACCAGAGUUGGUAGUACGCCAUGUCUGCUCUGGCUACAGAAACUCAGUACCUGAGACAUGCAGGGCAGAGAUACUGCAGCUAAUAAAUGACUGCUGGCUGGAGAACCACGCUCAAAGGCCCACCUUCAACGAUAUAGUCAGGGUCCUGGAGAACAUGCUGGAGAGCGAUGCUGUGAGUUUCUUCAUUCACCACCUGCAUCUCAUGUCCUUCUCUGUGGAUAUGAAUGUACUCAAGAGGCAAUUUUGGCAUCCAUAAAGUUCCCAUUUAGUGCAGUUGCUUAUAUGUUUAUAUAUUGUC